GUUUCAUCACUUCUGAAUAAAUGAAGAAAGUGACUAUGAAAGCACAGCACCUACCUUCUGUUUCCGUCAAUGAGGAGAAGUUCAUAACCAGAGAGCAGCUCAGUUCUCUCCUGAAGACUUACAACUCCUACUAUUCAGAUCAAGAAAAUCUGCAACUGUCACAUAACCAGCAAGAAGGAGGCAGACCAUUUCUUGAAGGAAUCUUGACGAUAUUUUGGGGAGUCCGACAUCCUAUCCGGUUAAAAAUUCAGGAUGAGAAGCAGUUACCCUCUUUUGUAACCCUGAAGUCAACAGAGAAUGUGGGCUUGUUCCCCAGCAAAAGGGGAAUGACUCGCUGGGGAGAGUUUGAUGAUCUGCACCACAUCAGCAGAGAGACCCUGAAAUCUACUGAAGAAGAGCCGGACCUUGAGAAAAGUUAUUUGCAUUACGAAAGCUGCACUCUGAAGGCCCAGAGCGAGCAGGAACUGGACUGCGCCCCCCUGCCCCGGGCCAUCGGCAGCGCUGCCGCUGUGCGCAGGAGGACCAAGCUCCCCAUGAUAGCGAGGACCGAAGUGGAGACCCACAGGUUUUCAAUUAACGGCCACUUCUACAACUAUGAGACAUCCGUUUUUACUCCAGCUUACGGAUCAGAAACCAAAAUACGAAUAAACAGCCAGAUGAGAACUCGCCAAGUCAUAGAGCAACUGCUGCGCAAGUUCAAGAUAGAAAACAGCCCGCACGAGUUUGCGCUGUACAUCAUCCAUGCGUCCGGAGAAAAGAAGCAGCUGAGGAGCAGAGACAUUCCCUUACUGCACAGACUCCUGCAGGGACCCUCGGAGGAAAUUGCCAAGUUUUUCCUCAUGGACCGGGAUGUGGAGGAGAUCAGCAGUGACGUCGCUCAGUAUAUUCAAUUUCAUCUUCCCUUCUUGGAAUCAAUUCUGCAGAGAAUAAAUGAAGCAGAAGAGCAGGAGAUUCAACAAACAGUUGCAAGGUACCUGAAAGAGAAGAGCUUGAUAUGCCAGCACCUUCACAGUCGAACUGUCACAAAAACGGAGACCACAGUUUGA